AAAGCUUGGCUUGCACCGGAGUAAAUUCAAAGUUAACUUCGAGAUUGUCCCCUGGGAGGGCCAGGGCGCAGAGCCAGCGGCGGCCCCGCAGAGGAUCUGCGCAAUUGCUGGUGCCAGGGAAGAUGCUCUGGCCAGCGCACUCGGGAGGCGGGACCUUCGCAGACAGUUCUGCUGCUUCUCUGCAGCGCAGCUAGCAGGUCUGUGGUCCUGGGGCCCAGGCACUGACUGACCCGCCGCUGCGCUGUGGGAGUCAAGUGCGCCUCCUCCCGCCACUGCGCACCUAUCACAGUCCCUGAGCGCAUUGCCGCGCGCUCCUCCCACCUGCAAAUGCCUGCCCAGCCAGAGACGCCCCGGCCUGGACAGCGCCUGCGGGCCGCCUGAGCCCUGGCCCUACCCCAGCCUCAGCUCCAGCCGGACGAAGGGGAACAGAUGACUGGCAAGGGAUCUUUCCACUUCCCUGGUUUCAGGCUGUCCUCUGGCUAGGCUUGGGGAUCGCACUCCAUCAGGCUCUGUGGCUGGCCUCCCGUGGGUUUGGACAACGCUUUCCUUUGCUUCUGUUAUCCCUGAGAGAUACCGUCUUCAUUGUUGGUAGACAAACCAAGUCCAGAAGGUUGUCUCAGAAGGUAGGCAGAACUCGGCUCACCAACUCUUCUUCAGAAGGAAUUCAUUUCCUCGUGGCUUCUGCCCUGUGGCUUAGCCCUCCAGACGGAGCUAAGCUCUUACCCAGCAAAAAUGGUCUACACGAAGAUGAGGCUGGUUUACGCUUUCAUUCUGAUGGUGGGCGCGCUCUGCUUGUACUUCAGCAUGGAGCCUUUCAAAGAACUGCCGUUGGUUUUCAAGAAAGAUCAGGGCAAGUUCCUCCGGCUUCCGGACAUAGACUGCAAGCAGAAGCCCCCUUUCCUCGUGCUCCUGGUGACUUCAUCCCACAGGCAGCUGGCGGCUCGCAUGGCCAUCCGCAAGACGUGGGGUAGAGACACAGAGGUGCGCGGGCAGCACGUGAGGACCUUCUUCCUUCUGGGGACCUCAGACAGCACCGAGGAGAUGGAUGCUACAGCCCAGGAGAGCGAGCAGCACCAUGACAUCAUCCAGAAGGAUUUCAAGGACGUUUAUUUCAAUUUGACCCUGAAGACCAUGAUGGGCAUGGAGUGGGUCCACCACUUUUGCCCUCAGACCGCCUUUGUGAUGAAAACCGAUUCAGACAUGUUUGUGAACGUUGGCUAUCUGACUGAACUGCUGCUGAAAAAAAACAAAACGGCCCGGUUCUUCACGGGCUACAUAAAGCCCAACGACUUUCCCAUCAGGCAGAGGUUCAACAAGUGGUUUGUGAGUAAGUUUGAGUACCCCUGGGACAGGUACCCACCUUUUUGCUCUGGUACUGGCUAUGUCUUUUCCAGCGAUGUGGCGAGUCAAGUAUACAAUGUCUCAGAGACUGUUCCGUUCCUCAAGCUGGAGGAUGUGUUUGUGGGGCUCUGCCUGGCCAAGCUGAAGAUCCGGCCCGAGGAACUCCACACCAAACAGACCUUUUUCCCCGGUGGCUUACGCUUCUCCGUGUGCCGCUUCCAGAAAAUUGUGGCUUGCCACUUCAUGAAGCCCCAGGACCUGCUCACUUACUGGCAGGCACUGGAGAGCUCUCAGGAACAGGAUUGCCCCGCUGUCUGAGGGGAGCCUGCGGCCCCUGGGACAAACUUCUGAUGAUAACCUUUGGUGAUGCUUUGGGAAGAUCUGGGAUGGCCUUGCUGGGAACUGUCCAGGGUAGAGAGAGAAGGCGGAGAAAGACAAAGCACUGAUCUCAAUGCCCUGCAUAGGCAAGAAGGGAACACACGCAGAGUAGCGGCUUGUUCCCACUUGGCACCCAGAGCAAUAACAGAUCUUGUCUUUCAGGCCUUCGCACUACGUUCUCAAUGUCUGAGACACGCCUUCAUCUGCUCAUUUCAGGGCUCAGUAUUCAUGUGAAGCCAUGGAUGUGACCAUUCCCAUUUGACAGGUUAGGAACCAGCAGUCAGGGUCAUUGCCUUGUCCAAAGACUCACAGCCUGUGGACGCAGCAGGAAUGAGAAUCAAGUGCUAUCAGAACUCAGUUGGUGUUCCCCAACUGAGUGUCCCAUUCUUUGGGAGAGGGUGGUGGUGGGAGGAGCUUAGGGUGGGUGUCUUAAAGCUAACUAGCAUCCUUCCGUCCCUUUCCCGAGUCCCCUGCCCCUCACUUCCCAAUCCUUAUACUUUUUAAAUGCUAAGUCUGGGAUGAACCAGCUUUCUCAGGCCUCUCCCCUCACUUGAAUGAUGUAGCUAGGCACUGAGUCUGUUAGCUACUUGGUACCCAGUGUAUCUUCAAUAUGGUCCUAGGGGACAUGCAUGCCUGCAGAUACUAGCUCACCUCCAUGCUGGAAGGAAACUGGGUUAUAUGACCAUAUAAAUCAGCCUGAGAAGCCAUUGCUGAGUCUUGCUGUAUAGGCCGACCACACUGCUGAAAACCCAGUGAGGUUUCUCUCCCCUGAACCUGGUCUCUGUUGUGGAUGUACUGAUGGAUUGAUGGUGAGCAGUGGCAGCCCUGGAGCACCUCAGAUCUCUAAGUUCAAACUCAAGGGCAGCCAGGCACAGGCAUGGUCUCUAUGGGUGUCCAGGAACUUUGUUGGGACCUAGGCUGGUCCAAGCCCCUGAGAUGCAGAGCAUGGAGGUAGGGGCUCUCUCUGCAUCUGUGAUCUUUCCUGACCCCAGCUCUUCACACUGGGCUUAUCACGUGGUCAUAGAUCUGCUGAGUGUUGUGGUUUGGAAUUUAACCCUGAAGGUUUUCAGAGCUGAGCAAAACCAGGGGCUCAUGGCCAUUCAGCCACUGUCACCAGACAUGUAAUCUUGCUCUGUACUGCGGGAAUUAUUGCUUUCCCCUGCUUUUGACUUUAUUAGAUUUUACUAUGUGCUUGGAGCAAAGGCUUCAUGUGACUGUAAUUGUAAGCAUUGCAAUAUGCUCUCAUCUGAACUCAGGAAAACUUACUCAAUGGUCAGAACACUGUUAGGUUGGAGGAGGCUGGAAGCUGCCUCCAGGGCCUCAUUUCCACACUUGUUCCUGUCCCUCCUCUGAAUCUCUUCCAUAACUCUUGGGAAAAAUUCUUCUGUCUGCAACAUUCUUCAAAAUCAUACAACAUCAAGUUCUGGACUCUUAGUUCAGAAUAUGUGAAAAUCUGAGCCAGGCAGAGAGAAAGGGUAAUUAUUCCUGGGUGUGUGCUAGGGACUACAUACACCACCAAACCACACCCAGCCUGAUCUUUUGACAGAAGAGGAAGCCAAGGCUCAUAACAGUAUGGUGGCUUUGCUGUCGUGUGCAUGGAAGAGCUGGCAUCAGAUCCCGGCACCAGCCUCUCUGCGUCAGACCUUCCCUUUAUUUAUUCAUUUGUUAGUCAUAUUUGCUCAUUGCAUUCACAUACAUCAUCAGCAACGUCAAAGUUAGGGGUCUGCAGAGAGCAGACCUGAGUAAGCACUCAGUGCUGAGAAGAUGGUCGGGAACAGGUUCUCUUGUUCUAUGCACAGUACCCCGGAGUAUAAACAGAUGUGGUCACCUGUGCUCACACUUCUGUUGCCUUGAAGACACCAGGUGUCCUUUGCAGGUAGCCAUUCUUCAUUCUUACAGUCAAAUUGCUUGUCAGCAGAGGCAGCUGGGGUGACUCAGUGACUCACCCAGGGGCUGCGAUGUGGAGAUCCAGCCCUCAGCCUUCUCCACUGGCACACCAUGAACACACCUUCCAUGUGCUUACUUCUCUCAGAAGCUUGGGGCUGGUGCUACCCAAGGAGUCACCAACAUCUCCCUUUGCCUGCACACUGCCACCUCUGUCCUGGGUGUUGGCUUGAGUGUUGGUCUACUUCUUCCUGGUUCUGUCUGAUUUCUGUGAUUUGGCCCUGGGGCUAUCCAUAGAAUUCUCACAGACCUCCUGUUUAGACUAGCUUUCUCAUGAGGCCAUGUGCGUUUCACACACGCACAAAUGACAUAUCCAGCUGUCUACAUGCAGGCACCAGGUUAGUUUUAUCACUUGGGAUGUGACAAAGCGAGUGCCUCCGAUCUUCUCUGUAGUGUGUUAGGUUGCCUUGUUCUCUAGCUUUUGCACAAUCAGCUGCACACUUGUCACUAGGCAAGUGUGUGCCAAAGGCCAGGUGUGCUCUGGUGAGGACGUGAGCUGAAGGAGUGACUCACAGUUACAAACCCGGAGGGUUUCUUGAACUCCAGCCUGCAGGCAGAAGUGAAACACCCCGCCCUGCUGAGCGAGAAUCGCUUUUACAUCACAAUUGCAGCAGCGGCAGCAUUCUAGUGCCCACCGCUGGCCUCAGGAUGCUAUUUUGAAAGAACAAAGCCAGGCUUCAGACAUCCUCUGGUUUCUCCAGAGUCUGUGGCCUCAUGGCAGACUAAAUAAUUAACAAACCGAAUUUAAUAUGGUAGCUGCUGGGUACCGUUUAAAAAAUAGAUGAGAUGGUGUUUACAUUUUCUCCAUCCCUCCAUUUGGAAGCAUUUGCUUUCUCACACCACAUUUUUAAAAUUAAGAAUUAAUUUUCUGUAUCCAUUGCAUUAGAACUGGCAUCUUAGCCUUUUCUAGGCUGGGUCUCUCCUGGUAGAUUGGGACGUUUACUCCUCUCUCUGUCUGGGACUUUGACUCAGGCGUGUUGGGGAGGAGACACCUAUAGUUAUCCACAGGUCCUAAGGGGACUUCCCAAAGGGGAUGCCUGACACCAGCCAAGCUGCGCAGUCCAUGAGGGUGCUAGCCUGGAAGUGAACACCAGUGUCCCUUCUGGCCUGGGUAACAUCGUUCAGUGGGUUAAGGUGCUUGCUGCCAAGUCUGGCGAAUAUAGUUCAGUCCUUGAGAUCCGCAUGGUGAAAGGAGAGAACUGACUUUCACAAGCUCAUGGUGGGCCUGCACACACGCGCAUGCACAGACACAAUAAAUGAAAUGUAAACAAAUUUUUUUUUUUUUUGCAAAGGCUCCUUCAAACACUGAUCUCCAAGGCUCUUUGCUUAUUUUUAUUUCUCGGUGGCUCUCCAUGAUGUAAACCCCUGUGUGUGAACACUGGCAGAGGUGUAUUAGGUUCCCAGUUACACCUCUAGGGUUUGCAAGGUGCUUUCAUUUGACUGAUAAUUUGAUAGGAAAAUUUGUUGGGGGCUUGCCUCAGGUGUUGCUGGUUCCCUGUCUUUUUACCUAACUCCCAGGAUGAGACAGAUCCUCAGAGAUGGCCUUAGAUUGUUCCUGGAGGUGAACAGGGAAACUGUCCAAGCUCAGAGUUGAGACGGGGUGUAUGAGCCUGAGAUGAAUGAGUUGGAAUGAAGCAUAACAACAAGAGCAAAAUGUUUUAAAUCAAUUAAAAGCAGCAUUCUCUAACUACCAGGCAUAGUCAUUUUAAAUGCAAGUAGAAAUAUGGAUUCUGUGGCCAAAUGUCUGUCUGUCUGUCUGUCUGUCUGUCUGUCUCUCUCUCUCUCUCUCUCUCUCUCUCUCUCUCUCUCUCUCUCUCUCUCUGUGUGUGUGUGGUAUUGCUUUGUGGUUUUGGUGCUGGGGAUGGAGCCCAUGGCUGCACACAUGCUCCCUCCAAACCCUGUUGAAUUGGUUUGCACCAUGCAUUCUACUACCUCCUUGCAGGGGGUCAUAGGACCAGCUCCUGAUGCCUGCAGUCAGUUUGAGUGCUGUGCUGGGUAGUUAUGACUGUUAACUUGACACAACCUAGAAUCACCCUGGAAGAGAGUUUUAAUGAGAAAUAUCUCUUUAUUAUCAAUUGAUGUAGGAGGACUCAGCUCAUUGUGGGUGACCCUGUUCCCUAGGCAGGGUGUCCUAAGCAGUAUGAGAGGAGAAAGCCAGCUGAGGGCAAGCAAGGGUCAGUGUUUACCCUGUCUCUGUUGGACCUGCCUGCGCCCCACUGCUCUAAGUUCCUGCCCGGCUUCCUGCAGUAAGACGCUGCAGCCUGGGAUUGUGAGCCAAAUAAUCCCUUUCUUCCCUACAUUGCUUUUUGUCAGGGUAUUUUUCACACUCACAGAAACGAAGCGAACACUGAUGCUCAGGGCCAUACCUACUCAGGGUCUCGGACCCUUCUUACACCACCACAUCCCUGGAUGUCAUCGCCAGUGCUAACCCUCUGUCCCAAACAGAGGGGAGCCCAGCAAGCUGUGAAGCCCUUCUCACAGAGGAGGAGAGCUGACUCAUUUCACUUGGUCACAUAAGACAAAAAAACACCCGCCGUGACUGGAAGCAACCCAUCCGAAACUGAGAACACUUUGUGAUCAAAUUUAAUUUCCUAAAGGAUAAAAAAAUUAGAUGUCUAUGUCAUUGAAUGGUGUUUGAAAUUGUCAUUUGCCUGUACAUUGAGGAGGUUCUACAGGCUGGUACUGUAUUUUGGGAGCGGGUAUAUGUAUUUAUGAUUUGUUAAUAAUGAUAUUUAUCUUUAAUAAAAGUUGAAUUAUAAGCAGCAUAAUGUAUGUGGGUGUUCUAACUUACAGCUCCUCUGAAGUUAGCAAUAUCCAUAUGGUCUAAAAUUGGGCUUUUUUUUUCCAUUGAUGUUUAUGUCUGGAAAAACUUUUUUUUUUUUUAAUUUAAUUUGGCUUUGAUUUUGUAUGCUCAGGAAAGUAUUGCUGAAGAGCCUUGCUUACCUUUGAAAUACAAGGAGACUUCUUGUUUCAUCAUAUUUUGGAAGCAAAGCCACAGAACUUGACAGUUUGAAAGGCUUUCAGGGGCAGUCAGCCUUGGGUGAGCAGUGUGGAGCUACUGGUAGUUAUAAAUCCAGACAGUAGGCAAUCGUUCUUUGGAAUUCUUUUCUCUCUGGCAUACUUUUCUAUUGUUUAAGCUUAAGGAAUUAAUCUUAUGAAUUGACUGGCUGUGCCUUCGGCGUCUUUGGUAAUCAUUUGUUUUUGAGGUACAGUUUGGAUCCUCGAUCUCUCAUGUGUCACUUAAAUGGAAAUAAAGUGGAUGAACCAGAAGUGUC